AUGUCAACCAAUAGACUUCGCGCCCUAUCGAUGUUGGACCUUGACGCAGAAAGGGAACAAAUGAUUACGCAGCUCGCUCUGCAUCUCGCCGAAAUCCUGAAACAGUUAAUGAUGCUGGACUCCAACAGCCGGCAGAAGACGAUAGCUGAGACACGGCAAUGGCUACCUCCAAACAUUAACGCCACUUAUAAGGAAGGCAAUCUGUACGUUGCCGUGAUUCCACACCGCUCCUACGAGAAUCCAAUGGCUCUACCAAGUAUACUUCAGGAAGAUGACUUGGAAACACCUUAUCCUCCCUCCCUGGAGUUCUCCGAAGAGCCCGAUACGCCAGAUGAUUGUCCAGGUACACCUACUGACUUCGAAAGCUACGUCGAAGCCAUGUCUACCUAUACACAAGAAGACAUUUGGAACAGCUUUGAUGUAGUGGACUGGCCGAGUUGGAUGGAUAAUGAUGUUUUUUCAAGAUACGAUUAG